GCCAAAUCAAAACAAACGAUUCGUUUUACAUUUCUAAGAAUAUAAUUAUUAGCUUCUUUUCGUCUUUAGUGCACAUAUUCUUAAUUCUUCGAUAAAAACAUCAUGAAACAUUGUCUUGUAAUGUAUUGAGUCCCAAUGUAAGAGGAUAGCUUGCUAUACUUUUUGAUGAGAUUGAAUGAUGACUGAACUGGAAUUAUCAAAUUUAGUAACAAUAAAAUGCAAACAGCAAGUAAUACGCGCAGUGCGCUUUAACAUUGAUGGUUCUUACUGCUUAACAUGUGGGGCUGACAAGAAAAUAAAACUAUGGAAUCCACAUCGUCAAUUACUUUUAAAAACUUACGGAGGACAUGCGAAUGAGGUUUUAGAUGCUGCAGGUUCGUGUGAUAGCAGUCAUAUUAUCUCUUGCAGUAGUGAUAAGUCUGUUAUACUAUGGGAUGUGGCUACUGGCCAGCCUGUACGCAGAUAUCGUGGUCAUGCCAGCUCCGUAACAUGUGUUAAAUUCAAUGAAGAGUCAACUAUGGUUGUUUCUGGCUCCGUUGAUAAUACCGUUGCCUUUUGGGAUGUUGUUAGCAGAAGACAAGAGCCUGUACAAGUGUUAAAAGAUGCUAAAGAUACAAUAACAUCUAUACAAGUUACGAAUAAUGAAAUAUUAACAUGUUCCGUAGAUUGUCAUGUACGUUUGUAUGAUAUACGUGUUGGUAAGAUGAUAUCGGAUUAUAUUGGACAAAUAGUAACUUUUGGUAGUAUAACACAUGAUGGACAAUGCUACGUACUGAGCUGUGCGGACAGUACAAUUAAGUUAUUUGAUAAAGAUUCCGGAGAACUAUUGAAUACUUUCACCGGUCAUGAAAGUAAAGAUUACCUUUUAGAAAAUGCUAUUAACGAGAAAGACAGUAUAAUAAUAUCAGGAUCAGCAAGUGGAGAGAUAUUUUAUUACGAUUUAAUAAGUAGUAAAUGUAUUAAGAAAUUAUUACAUAACCUUAAUAAACCUGUUAUUUCUAUCAGUCAUCAUCCUACUGAUAGUUAUUUAUUAAGCGCUUCUGAAGAUGAAAUAAAACUCUGGGGGACAUCACCAAUGGAAGAAUAAAUAACAUAACAUAAUCUUUGAUGUUUUAU